AUGUGUUUCAUAUGUUGCUCUAUACGUACCACAAACUUGCAAGCAAUGUUUGGCGUACUGCUCUACCUGUCGAUUGCGGUAGGUUCUAAUGAAGAGAAGCCUGAGCAUCACGAAACGUACAAGAAGGCUGCUGUUACCACCGAAGUGCCGCUGUGCUCUGACUUGGGAGUCGAUAUAAUGCGACUGGAUGGAAACGCUGUUGAUGCUGCCGUGGCUUCUGCAAUAUGCGUGGGAAUCAUUAACUCGUUCUCGUCGGGUCUUGGUGGUGGUGGUUUCAUGCUGAUUAAGCUGCCAGGCAAUCAGAACGAAAUAGUCACAGUGGAUUUCCGGGAAACGGCACCUUAUAAUGUAAAUUUGCAGGACUACAAGACGAAGAAAGACAUGUCAAAGAAGGGCGGAAGUGCCAUUGCCGUGCCGGGUGAGGUGAAGGGGCUUCAUUACGCACAUUCGAAAUACGGCAAGCUGCCUUGGAAACUUCUACUCGAGAAGAAUGCUGCCAUUGCCGAUAAUUUCGAGGUAUCUGACCAGCUGCACAGGAGGUUGAAGAAGCUGAAGAAAUUUAUCCUUCGUGAUGCCGGACUAAACGAAAUAUACACGCAAAACGGUGACAUUGUACAGCCUGGUACCAUGAUACAGCGAGCAAAUUACGCACAGACACUGCGCAAAUUGGCUCUGAAUCCCGAAUCGUUCUAUUCGGGAGACAUAGCCGAACAGAUAGUAGCUGCUGUUCAAAGUCAAGGAGGCAGGCUAACAAUGCAGGACAUGCAAAAAUACGAGGUAAAAACGCCCAAACCGCUUCAAUCAACGUACAAAGACAGUAUCGUUUUUACCACGAACCUACCGACCGCAGGUCCACUGGUGAUUGAGGCCCUUAACAUUUUGGAAAGCUUUGAUCUCAAGGAGCUGCGAGACAUAGGAACAGAGCACGGCAUUUUUCCUGAGUACCACCUUCUUGUAGAGAUUUUCAAGUUCAUGUCAGCGAAACGGAGUGAACUGGGCGAUCCAGAAUUUGUACCCGAGGCUCAGGAGGUAGCCGAAGAACUCAUCAGCAAGGAACAUGCCAAAAAAGUAUCGGAAACGAUUAAAUUUGAUAGAACACUUUCGAUGGAGGAGUAUGGAUAUGAGAUCCCGCCCACAAACGAUCACGGAACAACACAUUUAAAUACAUACGAUGAGCAAGGCAUGAUAGUGCUCCUAACAUCUACCAUAAACCUAGAGUUCGGUGCCAAAUACAUGGAUCAGGUCACAGGAAUUGUUUUUAACAAUGAAAUUGAUGAUUUUUACGUGCCGUUUGUGAAAAAUGCGUUUGAUCUGCCCGAAUCACAGGCAAACAUAAUAAAACCGGGCAAACGGCCAUUUUCAUCCGCAGCACCUGUGCUGCUUAUCAAAUCAAACCAGAUAGUGGCGCUUGGUGCUGCUGGUGGAACGCGCAUACCAACAUCGAUUAUUUCGGCAGUCUUUCACCUCGAGCUUGGAAAAACACUUGCCGAGGCGGUGGCAGAGCCCAGGUUGCAUCAUCAGAUGAUACCGUACGUUACGUAUGUAGAAUACAAUCUCAACCACGACAUUGUAAAUUAUCUUAGUAAGAUAGGCAAUGAGGUUAAGGAGUCAUCAACCAAUUCUAUUUUUACAUCUGUGCAGGGAAUGGUGAUUAGAAGAGACCCAGAAAUGGUUGUCGAAGCAUACAGCGAUAGACGAAAGGGUGGUGUAAGUGCUGGAUACUAGUAAACCUACAUUAUCGC